UGCCUGCACUCACUGUCCUCUCCAGACUUCCAGUGAAGAGCCGACAUUUGGUCUGAGAAGAGCCGCUGGAGUGUGCCUCUAACCGGCUUCAUCCUCCAACUUCCCCCCGCUGUCAGCUCGGAACUCGGAAAGAACCGAAAGGGAAAACAAGUUACUGAAAGAAGCAUGUUUUACUUCAUGUUUCUGCUCAUGCUAGUUCCACAUGAGCUGCUGUCCUCGACGCAUGUUGCAGUGAUCUCCCCUCAGGACCCCGUGCUGCCGAUUGGCUCCAGCCUGACGGCCACCUGCACGCUGGCCCCGGGGCUGGGUCUGCAGGCCGGCUCUCUGUUCUGGACCCUGAACGGGCUGAGUGUGUGCAGCAGCAGCUACAGCGUGCUGAGCCCCGACACCCUGAGCGUCACGCUGCACAACCUCAACGGCUCCCAGCAGCAGUCCGGAGACAACCUGGUGUGUCACGGAGCAGAUGGACAUGUCCUGGCCGGCUCCUGUCUCUAUGUGGGCUGGCCUCCAGAAAAGCCUGUAAAUCUAACGUGUUGGUCCCGCAACACAAAGGACCUGAGCUGCAGGUGGAGCCCGGGGGGGCGGGGUGAGACCCACGUCCGAACCAAAUACACCCUCAAGUACAAAUUGAGGUGGUACGGCAGAGAGAAGGAUUGUGAAAUCUACAGCACAGGGAAGCAGCGAUACUCCUGCUACAUCCCCAGUAACCUCGCCCUCUUCACCCCGUACGAGAUUUGGGUGGAGGCAGCCAAUCAGCUGGGCUCGGCCACCUCUGACAUCACAACCCUGGACAUCCUCGAUGUAGUGACCACUGACCCUCCUGCCAACGUGCAGGUGAGUCGUGUCGGCGUCCUGGAGGACCAGCUGACGGUCCGCUGGGCCAGCCCCCCCGAGCUCAAGGACGUCCUGUUUCAGGCCAAAUACCAGAUACGCUACAGACUGGAGGACAGCUCUGAAUGGAAGGUGGUGGAUGAUGUUGGUAACCAGACGUCAUGUCGGCUGGCAGGCCUCCGACCCGGGACCGUUUAUUUUGUCCAAGUGAGAUGCAAUCCAGUGGGCAUCUAUGGCUCCAGGAAGCCCGGCAUCUGGAGUGACUGGAGCCAUCCGGCCGCCGCCUCCACUCCCAUCAGCGAGAGGCUGCAGAGUGGUUCCUGCGAUCCGAAGCCCGGUGAGCAGAACUCCACCCUGCGGCGGGAACUCAAGCAGUUCUUCGGCUGGGUCCGCAAGCAUGCGUCCGGCUGCAGCGGCAUGUCAAUCAAACUGUACGACCAGUGGAGGGUGUGGCUGCAGAAAACACACAAAACACGCAACAAGAUUCUUCAAGACGAUAAUUCAUAGCAGCGCCGCUCAGCACCACUGUGGAGUUUUAAUACAAGAACAGCAUCAAGAAACACAGAGGGAUAACUC